UUUCAUCUGAGGAUCUGAUCACUUGUGAAAGGGUAUGUCGUGUUUUACACGUUUUGUCAUUCAUUCAAUUUCUAUUUUAUUACAUAUUUUACAGCCUUUUCUUUACUUCUGCGAAAUGAUGCCAUGUUAGCGCAUUCUAUUUAACCAACCUUCUUCCAUUACAUAUUUUGUCUCCCGUCCCUGUCGUCAUCCUUCUUCAUUCUUAACUUACUUUCGCCACCCAUAUCCCCCGUACUCUUUUUUCCAGGCUCUCCUCAGAUUCGUAUCCGGUCGAGCCAAACCUGUCGAUUUAGACUUCAAUGUCUGGGAUUAUACUGUGCCAGAGAUUUAUGGCUAUAUCCUCGGCAUGUUUGUCAAGCUUGAUCUUGUUGACUGUCUAGGCAUUUGUCCUGCUGAUUUACUGGAUUUUAUCAUCGAUGUUGACCGUGGGUACCAGGCUACCUUUUACCAUUCAUUCUAUCAUGCUGCUGAUGUCACCGCUGUACUCUACCAUAUGCUCCUGGGUAUGCAUGCUUCUCAGUAUUUAGCAAAGCCCGAUAUGGCAGCUUUGCUUCUCGGCGGAUUAUGUCAUGACAUUGGACAUCCUGGUCUCAAUAACCUAUUUCAAGUCAACGCAAAGACAGAACUCGUCAGGGACCAUGGAGAGGCAUCUGUUCUGGAAAAAUACUCUUGUUCACUUGCUAUGGAUCUUGUCACAAAGCACUCUCUCUUCCAUAACAUCUCCAAAUCCCCUUUAUCAAUGCUGCCAGAGGGUAACCCAGCAACGGACGCCAGUAUGCGCGAGGCCAUGACCAAAGCCAUUCUCGCCACCGAUAUGACUUUCCAUUACGACAUGCUCAAUAACCUGAAUAGUCUUCUGGAAGCAACCACCAGCCCUGUUUCAUCCAGCGCCUCUGAAGCCAGUUCAGGAUCAGAAUCCGAACCCGAAUUAGAUUCAAAAACUCAUUCAGAUAUCGUCAGUAAAGACACCUCUCUCACAGUAACGACAACAACCCAAGUAACCGUUACUAUAGAGAAAACAGAGAAAAGCUCCGCUAGUCAAUCCAAACAAAAAUCAGUUUCCAUGGCCUCGCCGAUCAGCACUUCGCCAGAAAGAAUAAAUAGAAUCUUUCGGAGACAUCACCGUCAUUCUUCAUGCGACUCUGAGGACUCUGGAAGCUCUCAAGACUCGGAUUCUACAUCACCAUCACAUAAUUCAGAGGAAAAUCUCUUCACACCAGCAGACCUUACACCAGAGCAACGACAGAGUCUGAUAAACUGUUUGCUUCAUGGGGCUGAUAUUUCGAAUGCAUUGAAGCCUUGGACAGUCUGUAAGCGCUGGUCAGAUUUGGUUGUGCAGGAAUUCUUUCGACAAGGUGACAUUGAAAAAGCACAAGACCUGCCAGUGUCUCCUAAUAUGGACCGUGAUAAGUACAAUCAACCCCAGAUCUCGCUCGGCUUUGGUGACUUUGUAGUACAGCCAUACUUUGAGGCAUUUGCAGAGUUUCUUCCGGAUGCGGCACCUGUACUAGAGUCACUUGCCCAAAACCGUACACAGUGGCUGGCACUGCAAAAGACGAGUCAGCAGUUUGGAGAUGAUCCUUAUCUUUCAGUCGACCCACUAGAAGAUCCACUCCUAUCCAGGCGUCCCGGCUCGCCGGAUAUCUCAUUCCUUUCUUCUGGUCGACGUGUAUCUGUCGCGGCUGGAGUUCUGGUUCUAGACGAUACGCGAUCAUUAAGGAAUCCUCACCGUAGACUACGGCAUUCGACCAAUACAGAGACUCCGACAUCUGGUCUACGGAGGAUGAAACGAUCAUUUUCAGGUCGAUCCUUAUCAACCAGUAUGCAGAACCUCCAUGUACAUAGUGUGCGUUCAAGCCAGUCAUCAAACAAAACCUCACAGGGCCAAGAGAUUUUGAUAUCAGCUUUGAAACGUCAACCAUCAUUAACUGAAAGAGACAUGACGUUGGCUUCACAGCACUACUUUCAACAUAUACAUAAAUCUAUCAAACCUAUUGAUGCACAAUCGCUCCCAUUAUCUUCACCCCCCCUAUCCUCCCCACCCUCCCCACCCUCUCCACCAUCACCACCUUCUCCACCAUCACCACCAAAAGCAUCCCCGAACUCGGCUACACCUGCGGCCACGUCACCGGCUAAGCCUUCUGAAUCUCAAAUGAGCAAUGGCAGUAGCAAUAACGCGAGUAUGGGAACAACAUCAUUCCGACAAAAACGGCAUGCGAGUCUCCAAUCAGAUAGUCAGGGCCCAAGCAGUGUUCGACACGGUUAUGAGGAUGGCUAUCCAGUCCUGAAAGAGCAAGCACUGCCUGAGGCAAGCCAUAUACCCGGCUCUUGUUCUGAUGGUCCAUCAAUGUCUACAAAUUCGACAUCAAAGCCAAACCUUACACCGAUAUCGAUGCAAACUGGCAAUCGCAGCAGCACACCAGCUGUGAUGAUGAACAAGAUUAAGUAUGACUGGAUACUUUCACCCAUUUUGCCCGAGAUAUCGAGUGAACCCCGGUUAGGUUGUGGACCGUUGGAUGAGAUAGUGGAGAAUGUGGUGAACUCUGCUGUUUUGGCAGAGUCACCAGAUCUCUCUAUUGUGUCAGAUUCAGUACUAGGGGCAUACCCUUCGACGACCGCAGCAACCACUAGGGCUAUUGGGCAAGAUGGAUCAGAUGGAGCAUCAGAAAAUGCAAGCUGCAAGAGUCUAUUUUCAACGAGUAUAUUAUCAGGUGCUGGUAUGACGAGUAUGAGUGAUAGCAGUGGCCAUGGUGAUAAUAACAAGGGAAUGGAGUCGCGCGAUGGUAGCGUGCUGAUCUCGACAGCAGAUGGAUCGGUGACAGACAAGUCGUGUAAAUCAUAAACUUUAGUUUCUUUCUAUGUAUUAUAUAUAUUUAUA